AUGGCCGCCGCCACAAUGAACCACGUGUUCGACUACGAGAACGAGCUCAACGAUAAUCUCUACAACCUGAAGAUGUCGGGCAAGAGCACGGCCACCAACGGCAAACGGGUCAGAAGCGUGUUAAAGCCCAUUUUGAGAUUGUUGAAGAAGAAGACGAACAGAGGGAAAUACGCCAAAGACCAGAAGGCCGUGCCACAAGUGGAGAUCUUCACCGAGGAGGUGGACAAUCAGAAUAAUGCCAACGAAGCACUGGAGAGGCGACUGUUGGCGGAACUUCAAGACGCUGAGGAAGGAGCUGCCAUCACUGUCUGCUUGGACGGACAGAUGACAGUCGUACCGGUUGUACCUGGUCAGUGCUACGUGCCUGUUCAUUUCGCGCACACCCACGCUGGCGACUUUUAUUGGACGACCCUGAGCAUGGCCGACAGUGACCUGUGCUACAAGGAACGCGCCUUCUCUCAACAUCAAACACCUGAGAUGCAGGUCGCGUGA